CAUUCCUUCAUUUAUUGCUUCCUAUUACAUUCCUCUGAACACACCAUCGAUCCUUUUCACAAAAUUUAACUAUUAUUUUUCAAAUCUCUUCUAUCAUCACCUGUGCGCAUCCGCAUCGUUAGAUUCGAGACCUUCACUUUUUGGUUUUUCACUUUUUGCUCUUAUUUUCUGCGUGAAUUUCAUUCUCUAUUUUGAUGUGAUUACUAUUUCGCUUCUCUGAAUCAACGCCGUUGCCGAGUGCCGAGAGAAGCGUAAACGCUUCGCGUUUUGCUGAUUUGCGGUCAAAAUAGGGUGUCGUUUGGUUCGAUUUGAGAUGAGAAAAAAUUGAGGUUGAAAACGUUGACCUUUUUCGUCAUAACGAAAACGUGUUGGACUCGGUGAACGAGUCAGAAUAGGUUGGGAAAUAGUACAUUUAGGGUGUCAAAAUGUUCCUUAUUAGAAGGCAAUCCCAGAAUCACCAGGAGAAUGAUUCCUCCUAUCGAGAAACAAAGCUGUCUGAACUCAGGGCUGCUCUUGGGCCCCUCUCUGGUCGAAGAAUGAAGUAUUGCACAGAUGCGUGUCUAAGGAGAUAUUUAGAAGCAAGGAACUGGAAUGUUGAUAAAGCCAAGAAAAUGAUGGACGAAUCUCUCAAGUGGAGGUCAACUUAUAAGCCAGAGGAAAUCCGUUGGGCUGAAGUAGCACAUGAGGGUGAGACAGGCAAAGUCUCAAGAGCUAACUUUCAUGAUCGACUAGGGAGAACUGUGCUUAUUUUGAGGCCAGGGAUGCAGAACACUGCAUCAGCCGAAGAUAAUAUCAGGCAUUUAGUCUAUCUAUUGGAAAAUGCUAUCCUGAAUCUUUCUGAAGGUCAAGAACAAAUGUCGUGGUUGAUAGACUUCACAGGGCUAUCUCUUAAUACAAAUGUUUCUGUUAAAACAGCUCGUGAUAUUAUUCACAUUUUACAAAACCACUAUCCAGAAAGGCUUGCUAUUGCUUUUCUCUACAAUCCACCAAGAAUAUUUCAGGCUUUCUGGAGGGCAGUCAAACUCUUCCUGGAUCCCAAGACAGCCCAGAAGGUGAAGUUUGUUUAUCCUAAUAAUAAGGACAGUGUAGAGCUGAUGAAAUCACUCUUCGACCUAGAAAACCUUCCGAGUGAACUUGGGGGCAAGGCAACUUUGAAGUAUGACCAUGAAGAGUUCUCACGAUUGAUGGCUCAGGAUGAUGUGAAAACUGCCAAGUUCUGGGGACUUGAUGAGAAGCUCUUCAACCCUAUUAAGAAAGGGCAUUCUGGGGCAGAGGUGGCACCAGAACCCGUGUCUGUUCAGCCUGUAGUUAGUUAAUUGAGCAAGUUUUCAUAUUGUAGUCAUUUAUAAACUGAAGUGACUACAUAUCCGAAUCAUGAAGGAACAAACAAAAUAUAGUGGCUAAUUUAAGGAACCGAAUAAGUGGUAUUUUGUAUCUUUCAACUUAACUAUUUAGCCGAAAUUUCUUUAUCAUAAUCGCUGCUACAGUGCUAUCCUUUUAGGUAGGCUGACUGCAAAUCUGAUUUGAUAUUCUGGCUAUAUAUGUUAGCUUCUCUAGACAACGGAAAAUGAAGUUCCUGCGGUUA